AUGGCUUCGUCAUCAACUCCAUCAACUCCCCUUCUCUACUCAUGUAUCGCCCACAACACCACCAUCCUCUCAGAAUGCACAACCUCAGCUUCGUCACAGACCUCAUCACUCGCCUCCCUCAUCCUCCCUAAAAUCGAACACACCAACCCCCAAAAGCUCACCUACACCCACGGCCAGCACCAGAUCCACUACGUCGCCGAGUCGCCCUCCGAGCACCAAGACUACCCAUCCGCCGGCGGUCUCACCUUUCUCGUCAUCGCCGACUCGUCGCUCGGCCGUCGCGUGCCCUUUGGCUACCUCUUCGAGAUCCGCAAGCGCUUCCUGCAGCAGUUCCCCGAGAGCACCGACUUCUCCGACAUGCCCAACUACGGCGCCGCCUCGUUCAACUCGGAGCUCAAGAACCUCAUGGUUGACUACGGCACCACGACCGGCGGCCGUGACGACGCCAUCGGGAACGCCAAGCGAGAAAUUGAUGACGUGAGAGGGAUCAUGACGAAGAAUAUCGAGAGCUUGCUCGAGCGCGGCGAACGCCUGGACUUGCUGGUCGACAAGACCGAUCGGCUGGGCGGUAGCGCGCGAGAGUUUCGCGUGCGCAGUCGCGGCCUGAAGCGCAAGAUGUGGUGGAAGAAUGUCAAACUCAUGGGACUACUGGCUCUCGUGAUAUUCCUCAUCAUCAUGGCGAUUGUCAUUGCUGUCAAGAAUGGUUCCUAA